AUGAGUCAAGAGUUACAGCGGCAGCAUAAUAAGAUGCCAAAUGCGUAUUCGAUUAUUGCUCGUUUACAAGAGUUGUAUGGUGAGCGAAGUCGAAGUGCUAGAUAUGAGAUAUCUAAAUCAAUCUUUCGAGCAAAGAUGUCUGCUGGAGGAUCAGUUGGAGACCAUGUUCUCAAAAUGAUCUCCUGGAUGGAUAAACUGAAUGAAUUAGAUGCUCCAAUGCAUCAAUAUCUUCAAAUAGAUGCAAUUCUUCAGUCUUUGCCAGAUUCGUAUGGGGGUUUUAUUUCAAACUUCUAUAUGAACAAGAUUGAGUGUACCCCGGCGGAACUUAUGAAUAUGCUAAUAACGGCCCAGAGUACCAUGAAAACAGGCACUGUGAUGGCUGUGUCCUCUACUAGUAAGACUAGAAAGGGGAAAGGAGAUAAUGAUCACUCAGAUGAUCCUACCACUUACCAAGAGGCGAUAUCAGAUAUCGACUCGAAAAGAUGGCUAGAAGCCAUGAAAUCUGAAAUGGAUUCCAUGUAUGAGAACCAAGUCUAG